AUGCCUAUAUAUACAAAGAGCGGCUGCUUUGGGUCCCCAGCACUUGGGCCCUGGUACUACUGCACAAAUGGUAGUUCCUCACUUGGGAGAAACCUAAGGACACGUAAGGAUAGAUUUCUGCCACCUCUUUAUCAGCACUUGCCAGAGGGGCUUGUAGACCCCAACCUCUCCGGAGAAGCUUCUGAGUCUAACGUAGAUACUCUAACAUACCACUUGCAAUGUCUCAGACUUUCCACAGAAGAAAAUGAAGAUGAGAAAGUUCUCCACAGCCUUGAUGAGGUUUUGCAAGCCCUUAAUGAAGACAUUCAGAGAUCAGCCAAGCUACUCACAGACUGUGAAGUGCUCUCAGCCUUAGACAGACUUCUGAAAACCACUCCAGCCUCCGCAGAACGAGUUGCGCACGUGCUGGCAGAGCUAGCCAAGAAUGAAGAAACAAGGAAGCCAUGCAUUGAUGCUGGCCUCGUUACGGCUUUAAUACCACUAAUGGAAAGCAAGAACCAAGAGUUACUUCUUCACGCAGGACGGGCUAUUGGCCGCAUCUGCUAUGAUAACAAUGACCUUCAAGAACAAUUGGUUGAACUUGGUGUCCUCACCUCUUUGGUCAGAAUAUUAACAGAGUUCCCAGAGAACGAUAUACUGGUGCACGUUGGGAUCCUUGCUCUGUCCAACCUUGCGGACCUAGAAUCUGCUAAGGAAGCUUUAAGUAAAACCACGGUUGCAGAGCAGCUGGUUAAGCAGUUGAAAAGAGCCGAGGACCAUGAAAGAGUUGAAAUUAUCAUUGACGUUCUCCAGAUGCUGGCAGAGAAUGAAGCCCUGAAGUUACAGCUAGUAGAAGCUGCAGUGCAAGAAACUCUGUGCAAUAUAAUGCAAAGGUUACAAGGAAGCUCCCAGACAGAGGACAUGUGCACAAUGAAGUCCUCUUCAGAUCUUAUUGUAUCUCUUCUUCUUGGAGAUGAAUCUAUGCAGAAGCUGUUUGAUGAUGGCAAUGGUAAAGUAUACGACAACAUCCCAUCUUGGUUGACGUCACAGCACACCCUUCUUCAAUUGACUGGGGCACUUGCUAUUGCCAACUUUGCUAGAAAUGACAGUAACUGUGUGCGUAUGGUACAGCUCGGGGUAGUGCACCAACUCUUAGACCUUCUGGAACUGCAUGUGGAAGAAGGGGAUGUCGCUGUGCAGCAUGCAGCCCUCAGCGCUCUACGGAACCUUGCAAUACCAGUGACAAACAAGGUGCAGAUGCUGGAGGAAGGGGUAGCGGAGAGAAUCCAGAUGCUGCUCCGGACAGAGAUGCCACCGGUUCAAUUCAAACUACUGGGCACUCUGAGGAUGCUGACGGAUGGGCAAGCUGAAACGGCCAGGAUUCUGGGGCAGGAUGCCAAUCUGUUGACUAGGCUUGUUCAGUGGUGUGAGGCCAAAGAUCACGUAGGGGUGCAAGGAGAAGCGAAAAGGCUGCUGGCAUCGCUCCUGCGCCAUAGCAAGUGUCAGGAUGUAGUGAAAGCUAUUGAACAGGCCCACGGCGUGAGGCAUCUGGUAACCAUGACAACCAGUGAACACGCAAUUAUGCAGAAUGAAGCCCUCAUUGCACUGGCUAUUGCAUCUGCUAUCAACCUCGGUGAUGUAGAGACGGCCUACAAGGAGUCCGGGUUGGUAUCAAUUUUGCACAAUAUUCUGGCGGAUGAUGUGAAGGGUCCGGAGGUGAAGUACAAUGCAAUGGGUUUAUUGUGCAGUCUUUUAGAUUCAGAUGAUUUGCGAAAGGAAAUGGAAGACGUGAAUUUGAAAGAGAUCCUGGAGAAGCUUUGUCUACAUAACAACAACAAUGUGGUUAAACAAGCAAACACCGUCCUCCACAUACUGCGAGAUGCCAGCGAGAACAGCGGGCGCUUUUUUGUGUAGUAUUAACUCCUCAAUGACUACACCAAGUUGCUUAGUAACACCUCCCCCAACAGCCUUCUGCCCCAUGUAAGACCCCUUUUAGGGAUAGGUUAGACUUCAACGAGAAGAAUAUAUAAUCUUCCCUUAAUAAACAUUAAGUACAAUUUUACAAUAGUUUAUCCACUGAAACCUUAGUAGUGUACAAGAUGUAAAAAAUAAAAUUUAUGCUUACCUGAUAAA